AUGAGUCUAAGCGAUAAACAAAUUAUCGAGUUGAUUACAAACGACGAGUCAGGCGAUGGAUAUGAAUCAAGUGAUUUUUCUGAUAGUUCAGAUUCUGAAAGUAAUUUUGCUAACUCUCUUAGAGAAAAUCUGUUGAGUAGUAUUUUGAAUAACACAGUAGUAUCAGAAAAUAAUCGUAGUUUAGACAUAGAAAUAUUACCAAUUGUAUGUGAAGAUAAUGUUGUUAUACCUCCAGUUAGUUUACCACAAACGCUAUCUCCGAGUACUAUAUCACAAAACAAAAAAGGUCCAGACGUGUUUUCUGAAAAAUGGUUUUAUGAUGAUACUGCUAUCAAUAGCUUUGAGCCCAAAAAAUUUGAUUUUGAUGAUUCAAAUACUGGAGAUGAUGAUUUACUUGAUGAUUUACCUUCUCCUUUUACCGAGUAUGAUAUUUUCAAAACUGUAUUUGACGAAGAUUUGGUACAACAUAUAGUAGACGAGACUAAUAAAUAUUAUCAUUUUGUUAUAUCUAAUAAAGUAAUAACCGUAAAAUCAAAAUUAAACCGUUGGACUGAUACAAACGUAGAUGAAAUGUAUAUUUUUUUUGCCGUAUGUCUUCUCAUGUCCCAUGUAAAAAAAAAUAAAAUUAAAGAGUAUUGGACAACUUCUUUUUUGCUGUCUACUCCCGCUUUUGGAUGUAUUAUGUCCCAAGACCGAUUUCUUUUGUUGCUUAGAUUACUACAUUUUAAUGACAAUAAAAAUCAAAUAAAAGGGGAUAGAUUAUAUAAAAUAAUACCUAUUAUUGAAACAUUGCGAAAAAAAUUCAAAACAAUUUUUAAACCUAGUCAAAAACUCUGUAUUGAUGAGAGUAUAGUGGAAUGGAAAGGACGAUUAAGUUUCAAGCAAUUUAUUCCAUCAAAACGCCAUCGUUUUGGAAUAAAAUUAUUUGUAUUGUGUGAUUGUGAAACUGGAUAUCUACUAGAUUUUAUUGUGUAUUGUGGUCAACAAAGUCACAUCGAUACAUUGGACAAUCUAGGCGUAUCGGGGUCGGUAAUUACAACCCUCUUGAAACAAUAUUAUAAGAAAGGGCAUAUUGUUUACAUGGAUAACUGGUAUACCUCACCAACUCUUUUAAAAUAUUUAUCCUCUAAAAAAGUUGGUGCUUGUGGAACAGUUAAGGCAAAUAGAAAAGGUAUGCCAAAUUUAUGCAAAAAAUUAAAAAGAGGAGAAUGCAAACUGGCAAUCACCAAAAAAUCUAAAAUUCUAGCUUGCAAGUGGAAAGAUAAAAGAGACGUACUGAUGUUGUCUACUAUACAUAAACACCAAAUGAAAAAUAUAAAUAAAAACGACAAAUUACAAACAAAACCGAACUGUAUACUUGAUUAUAAUACUAAUAUGGGAUUAGUUGACAAAACUGAUAUGAUGAUGAGUUUUAACGGCACAAUCAGAAAAUCUGUCAAGUGGUACAAAAAAUUUUUUUUUCAUCUAUUGGAUAUAGCAGUUCUUAACUCUGGAAUAAUAUAUAACAAACUUAUCGAUAAGAAAUUGAGUCUACCAAGUUAUCGACUUCAGCUGAUAAACCAAAUUUUAGAAAAACAUUCUAGAGAACGAUUUAAUUCACCAGGCAGAAAGUCAACAAAUGACAAUCCUACUAGGCUUGCAGCACGCCACUUCCCAUCAAUUAUAACAUCCACAGGCACAACAAAAAACGUUCAAAAAAAAUGUCACGUCCAUUCUCAUACACUGCUUACUCAAAAAACACGAAAAGACACCAGAUAUGAGUGUAAAGAAUGCAACAAGCCAUUAUGUCUUACGCCAUGUUUUGAAGCAUAUCAUACUAAAAAGAAAUAUUAA